GCAUUAGCGGCGCGAGCCGAGCUCGAGACAGGGCCAGAAGCGUCACCCUGGUGACAGGAGAGCUGCUGCUCCUGCUGCUUGUCUACCGGCUCUCUGCUAGACGCCGAAUAAAUCAAAAUAAUAAAAUAAUAAUACAAUAAAGAUAUAAAAUAGCAUGGUGGAGAGUUUCUAAACACCAGGAAUUUCAGCAUUUAUCUGUGGAAUGAGUGACAUAUGCGCUGGUUUGGGCUGUAAGGCAGGAGGAGGACUGCAUUAGUGUGGGACUGCGUGAGGCUGAAGUAAAAGCCGAGGUCGCCUUGCUUGCACGCGGGAAUCGGUAUGGUGAUCAUGCGAGAGGCGAGUGCAGGAGGUCCGGCCGCCGCGUCUGCUCAGGGUCGACCCCUGCAGGUGGGCUUCUACGAGAUCAUCCGCACGCUGGGGAAGGGCAACUUCGCUGUGGUCAAGCUGGCCAAGCACAAAGUGACCAAAACGCAGGUCGCCAUUAAAAUAAUCGAUAAAACCCGUCUCAACUCGUCCAACCUGGAGAAGAUCUACAGGGAGGUGCAGAUCAUGAAGCUGCUGAAUCACCCGCACAUCAUUAAGCUUUACCAGGUCAUGGAGACCAAAGACAUGCUGUACAUUGUAACAGAGUACGCGAAAAACGGCGAGAUGUUCGAUUAUCUGACGUCUAACGGACGCAUGAGCGAAGCCGAGGCACGCAAGAAGUUCUGGCAGAUCCUCACAGCCGUCGACUACUGCCACCGCCACCACAUCGUCCACCGAGAUCUCAAGACCGAGAACCUGCUGCUGGACGCGAACAUGAACAUCAAACUCGCAGACUUCGGGUUCGGAAACUUCUACAACGCCGGAGAGCCUCUGUCCACGUGGUGCGGCAGCCCGCCGUACGCCGCGCCCGAGGUCUUCGAGGGAAAAGAGUACGAAGGACCACAGCUGGACAUUUGGAGUCUGGGGGUCGUGCUGUACGUGUUGGUGUGCGGCUCGCUGCCGUUUGACGGAGAAAAUCUGCCAGCGCUGAGGCAGAGAGUGACGGAAGGACGCUUCAGAAUUCCCUUCUUCAUGUCAGAAGACUGUGAGAAUCUGAUCCGGAAGAUGCUGGUGGUGGAUCCAGCCAAGCGGAUCAGCAUCGCUCAGAUCAAGCAGCACCGCUGGAUGUUAGCUGACCCCAGCGCCCCCCACCAGACGCUCUCACACUCCCUCACUGACUACAACUCCAACCUGGGGGACUACAGCGAACCCGUCCUGAGCAUCAUGCACACGCUGGGCAUCGACCGCCAGAGGACCGUGGAGUCUCUCCAGAGCAGCAGCUACAAUCACUUCUCAGCCAUUUACUACCUGCUGCUGGAGCGGGUUAAAGAGCACCGGAGCCAGCAGCUGAACCGGCAAUGCGGCGGCGCUUGGACCCAGAGGAGCAGGAGCACGUCUGACUCCUCGUCCAGCCCAGAGGUGAUGGUGGAGUCGUCCGACAGCUUCCGCCCGGCCUUGCCUGUCGCCACGACGAUGAACACAGCCGUCCACUCCCAGAUAGAGUGGGAUCAGGGAGGUCUGUUUCAGCGGGUGGUGUGUCCGGUGGAGGCGAGUCUCAACGGUCUCCUCUGGAAUCGCUCCAUCUCUCCCAACAGUCUCCUGGAGACCACCAUCAACGAAGAAGUGCGUCCCGGAGACCUGGAAGAGGAGGACGGAGCGCUGCAAGCCCCUCCCACGCUCCUCCCAAACACCGCCUCACGUAGACACACCCUCGCCGAAGUCUCCGCCCGCUUCCAUCUCUGCAACCCUCCCUGUAUCGUGAUCAGUCCUUCAGACGGCGCUUCAUCCGACAGCUGUCUGAAGUCGUCUUCGAAUCCGACUCCGCCCCUUUCCGCCGCCGCAGUAGGAGAUCUCUCGGCGCUCAUGGUGUCCGGGUUCGGAACCGGGACAUCGGGGCCCGUCGGAGCACCUCUGGCUCUGUCCUCCAACCGAAUCCUGCAGAACCAGGGCAGCCUCCACGCAGCCAGCUUCCAGGAGGGACGCCGAGCCUCCGAUACCUCCCUCACACAAGGACUGAAAGCCUUCCGUCAGCAGCUGAGGAAGAACUCUCGUACCAAAGGUCUCCUGGGCCUGAAUAAGAUCAAAGGCCUGGCGAGACAGGUGUGCCCUCCGACCUCGUGCUCCAGGGGCAGCAGGGGGUCAUUAGGUCCCACCCUGUGUCCCCCGACAGGCCUGCAGGGCGCCGGAGGACCUCGAGAGCGACGCAGCAUGCUGGAGGAGGUGCUGCAUCAGCAGAGGAUGCUACAAAUCCAGCACCAGCCCCAGCAACAGAGCGCGCUCUUCCUCACACAGUCCCACCAGCUGCCCUCCUCUUCCUCCUGCUCCUCUUCCUCCACUUCCUCCUCCUCUUCACCUCCCUCCAACAGCCUGUUCGCUCCAGCUGCUUUAUUCUCCAACCCUCCACCCCAGACCUCCACCCAGAUGAUUCCUGCAUGCCAUCAGAGCUCUGUUCCUCUUCAGCACGGUCUGUGGCAGCAGAACGUAGACUCCUCUUCUUCAUCUUCCUCGUACUCGUCGCUCUCUCCGGUGGCGUCCGCGGCUCAUCUGCUGGAAGCCCGACUGCAUAUCAGCCAGCAGCCUCACCUCCAAGCGCAUCCUCAUUCGCAGCUCCAGCUCCAGAGCUACACCCAGGGACAGCUCUCGCUCUUACCCCAGCAGGUGAGCUGGAGCCUGGGAGGCAGCGGUCACAGCGCAGGCCCCGACACCCCAGAGCUCCAGGAGCAGCAGCUCAGCAGCUGUGUGAUGGUCAAAUAAUGACCAAAAAGUGUUUCAUGAUCCGAACUGAAGUAAAACUGACUCGCAGGAUGAGAACGCUUCAUGUCCGAAGUGUGUGUGUGUGUGUGUGUGUGUGAGCACGAACUCAAAAGAAGACAAAGAAGCAAUAACCAAACUCUUCACAGACGUCACGCUCGUCCCCCCUUAACUCCAGUCUCCCAUCCUGAGAAAGCAAUAAACAACAGGGAGGGGGGCGAAGCGAAGCGGAAAAACACACACACACACACACACACACAGGACGGACGUCUGUGUUUUAAAAUAAUCCCGUCAGACUGGUAGAUUUAUUCAUUUACUCAUACAGAUUAUAUAUGAAAACUAGAACGGUCUUCCUUACAUGUAUGGAUUUUUAUUAUUAUUUUUUUUUGCUUUGUUUGCUGUAACUUUUUUCACUUCGCUGAAGAAGACCAAAGUUUCUUUUAGCUUUUUUUUUUUUUUUUUUAACAUCCUUCAAAACAAAAUGCAGUAUCUAGGGUUUGUAAUUUAGCAAACUGCGACGUUUGGCACAAAAUGGCUGAACUGCUUUAUGAGCAGAGCCGAGGGCCGAUCAUGGUACUUUAUUAUUAAUAAAUAAAUAAAUAAAUAAUAUAAUAUAAUAAGAGAUAGGGUUGAGAAACUAGACAUCUCAGACACCAUCAUCUUGAUGCAUCUUGAUUUUUAUUGCAAAUUUUUAAUUUUUUUUUCUCCAAUACAUCUACGUAUUAAUCAUUACAACUUAUUAUUAUUAUUAUUAUUAUUAUUAUUAUUAUUAUCCAUCAUGUAGAACAUUAGGCUUAGUGUAUUUGAUACUUUAUUAUUAUUUAUUAUUAUAAUUUUUUAAACAUUUAAAAUCUACGGAAAUCCUGAACUGCAAGUUCUAUUGUUAUUUCGACUUAUUAUCUCGUCAUUUUGACUUAAUAACUCAUUAUUUUAACCAAAUAUCUUGCUUAUAACGAGAUAAUAACUCGAAAUUGAGUUACUAAGUUAAAAUAAUGAGAUAGUAACUCAAAAUAAUGAGCCGAUGAGUUUAUAUAAGUGAUGUGAUACAUCGAAAGAACAAGAUAGUAACUCGAAAUAAUGAGAUAAUUCAAAUUAAUGAGAUAUUACAUCAGAAUAACGAUAUCGCACUUCAGUGUUGUUUUUUCUCGUCAGGGUUUCCGUUGAAUAAACAGCGUAAAUUUCACGAGAGAAUCACGAUGCAUCAACGUGUGGAUAAAACGGGAGAAGGCAUGACGACCUCCUGCUCCGCCGCUCUGCACCGCGUCACGUUUAGAUCCUGGUCACGUUAAACGCACACACGCUGGGCUUCGAGCUCGCUUCGUUUUAAAGGAGCUGCUGGGACUUCAGGUCAGUCCUGAGAAAUGAGAAAGAAAAAAAAAGAAAAGAAAAAGACACAGCUCCUCUUCUGUCGUAUCACUACCUCCUCCUCCUCCUCCUCCUCCUCACUGCAGCGAGUUUCUCCCUGAACAAAGCUUACGGGAUUAGUGCAAUAUUUCACACUCAGCUGUAGUACCUGUAGUACCUUUAGUACCUGCAGUACCUGUAACUGUAGUAUCUGCAGUACAUGCAGUACCUGUACUUGUAAUACCUGAAGUACCUGUAACUGUAGUACCUGCAGUACAUGCAGUACCUGUACUUGUAGAACCUGCAGUACCUGUAACUGUAGUACCUGCAGUACAUGCAGUACCUGUAACUGUAGUACCUGCAGUACCUGUAACUGCAGUACCUGCACUACCUGCAGUACCUGUACUUGUAGAACCUGCAGUACCUGUAACUGUAGUACCUGCAGUACAUGCAGUACCUGUAACUGUAGUACCUGCAGUACAUGCAGUACCUGUAACUGUAAUACCUGCAGUACCUGUAACUGCAGUACCUGCAGUACAUGCAGUACCUGUACUUGUAGAACCUGCAGUACCUGUAACUGUAGUACCUGCAGUACAUGCAGUACCUGUAACUGUAGUACCUGCAGUACAUGCAGUACCUGUAACUGUAAUACCUGCAGUACCUGUAACUGCAGUACCUGCAGUACAUGCAGUACCUGUACUUGUAGUACCUGCAGUACCUGUACUUGUAGUACCUGCAGUACAUGCAGUACCUGUACUUGUAGUACCUGUAGUACCUGCAGUACCUGUAACUGUAGUACCUGCAGGACCUGCAGUACCAGGUUGAGAAGCUGAUAGGAAUGCAGCAGGUACUCAAUGCAUGAUCUUUUUUUUGUUUGUUUG